AAUCGCGAAACGUUGCCAUUUCCGCCUGGCAGACGAAAGGUCUACGUUUUGUGAUAGCGAGUUACACCAUCAAAUAUGUCUCUUGGCAUGUUAUCUCCUCAUCUGAACACUCCACCACCAAAUAACCAGGGCAUUCUUAUUGGCGAUAAAGUGUAUUCGGAGGUGUUUCUGGCCAUCGACAACUCGAUCAUACCCGAGGACAGGCUGAGCACGACCCCGUCCAUGCUGGAUGGCCUCGACCAUGAGACCGAGACAGACCUACGGAUUCUGGGCUGCGAACGCAUUCAGUCAGCCGGGAUUCUCCUUCGUCUGCCACAGGUGGCGAUGGCGACGGGACAAGUAAUUUUUCAAAGAUUCUUUUUCUCGAAGUCCUUCGUAAAGCACAACUUUGAGAUUGUUGCUAUGGCCUGCGUGAACUUGGCUUCAAAGAUUGAGGAGUCGCCAAGACGAGUGAGGGAUGUGAUCAACGUUUUCCACCAUUUGAAACAAGGAAAGGGUAAAAAGAGCACACCCCUCAUUCUUGAUCAAAAUUACAUUAAUACCAAGAACCAAGUUAUUAAAGCUGAGCGUCGUAUCCUGAAGGAGCUGGGCUUCUGUGUUCAUGUCAAACAUCCACAUAAGAUUAUAGUCAUGUACCUGCAAGUGCUGGAAUGUGAGAAGAAUCAGAUGCUGGUUCAAACAGCAUGGAACUAUAUGAAUGAUGCCCUCAGAACCAGUGCAUUUGUGAGGUUUGAACCUGAGACCAUUGCGUGUGCCUGCAUUUACCUCGCUGCUCGAGUACUACAGAUUCCUCUUCCUUCCAAACCACACUGGUUUCUUCUAUUUGGUGCUACUAAGGAGGACAUCAAAGAGAUCUGUAUUAACACAAUGAAGUUGUAUUCUAGAGAAAAGCCUCACAGUGAACAGCUUGAGAGGCAGGUGGAGAAGAGGAAAAUAUUCCUGGAGGAGGCCAGACUAAAAGCCAGAGGCCAGAAUCCCAAUGGCACACCAGCUCUCGCCUCCAUUAAUGGAUUUUCCCCUGCGUCCAAACCCUCUUCUCCCCGAGAUGUGAAGAUGGAUGAUAAAUCUCCAAACUCUAAACUAAAGGAGCCAGAGAACAGACAGUUGUUUGCCAAAAGCCCACUGAAUGGAAGUAUAAAAAAGGAGGACGGCAAAGUGUUUCAGAAUGGCAAGAACCACAGCCGGUCCCGAUCUCGCUCUACGUCUCGUUCUCCACACAGACAUCGAAGGAGCCACUCAGGAACGUACAGCUCUCACAGCAGCCACAGUCCGUCUCCACGUCAAAAAGCCAGAAGACCGUCACCCAUCAGCCAACUCAGGACAGACCGAGACCGACCCAGCGAAACCAGCCGUCACUCUAACAAGAGGAGGAGGUCACGGAGCAGAUCUCGCAGCAAUUCAAGAGAAAGAGUCCGCGAUCGUGACUACAUCAAACACAAACAGGAGGGCAGCGGCUCAGGGCACCACUGGGACCAUCGGGACCGUGAGCGUGACCGUUCACGUGAUCAUGGACGAAACAAGCGCCAGAGCCGAUCACAUUCUGGACACAGUCAUAGCAGACACAGGAGAUGAAGCACAAUUAUGGACAACAGGACAAGACUAACGCUUGCUUCGAAACGCUGUUGUUUAUUAACUGGUUAAGAAGUGGAUGUUCUAUCAAUGUUACUCUUCUUGCAUCUGACCGGUUCAGUUGGGCAAGGUAGUGGUGCCUUUUUAUGUAUUUGACAAUUUAAAAAAGUGUUUUACUUUAAACUUGAAAGUGAACAACAGACGGACUGAUCAAAAUCUGCCUCUAUCAGGGAACACAUUCGCACAGAGCAGACGAUACCUGUGCAUGUUCAAUGUCUUUUCUUUUUUUCAUCAAAUGUACAUAUAAAGCCUAUUUUUAUGAUGUCAGGAGACUUUGUAUUCAUCUUUCUCUGCAGAAAAUAAAAAGGAUAUAACAUUCUACAA